AUGGAGAAGAGGGUGACGAUCAUUGGAGCAGGAAUUUCCGGACUUCUUGCCUGCAAAUACUCAAUUGCCAAGGGACUCAAACCCAUAGUCUUGGAAGCUCAUAGCACCAUUGGAGGUGUUUGGGCUCAAACCUUGGAGUGCACUAAACUCCAGAAUGUCAAAGAAUUCAACUCCAAAGUCACCACUAUAGAUUAUACUGGGGAGUCUCAUGUAGAGAUGAAGGGAUGGGAUCAGUGGGGUGGAGCAGGUAAAGCAUUUGGAUCCGAGGGAAAAUGGAAAGUACUAGCGGAAAACACACAAGACAGCCUUACGGAGGAAUAUGAAGUUGAGUUUGUUGCUCUUUGCAAUGGAAGAUUCAGUGGUCUAUCAAACAUCCCAGAGUUCCCUCAAGAUCAAGGCCCAGAAGUAUUCAAUGGUAAGGUGAUGCAUUCAGUGGACUACUCUGCUAUGGACAAUGCAGUUGCUGUAGAAUUUCUUAAAGGAAAGAGAAUUGCAGUCAUAGGUUCUUCUAAAUCUGCAGUAGACAUAGCAGUCGAAUGUGCCAAUGCAAAUGGUGAGAAAACUUUCACUUACUUCACAUGCAUUUUGUCUUUCGGAGGCAACUUCAAUGUCUACUUCUGGGGAGUUAGUCUUGGUGUCUUAUACUUCAAUCGCUUCGCAGAACUCUUGUUUCACAAGCCUGGCGAAACCUUCCUACUCUGUGUUUUGGCCACCCUAGUUUCACCUUUGAGGUGGGUAAUCUCAAAAUUUGUGGAGAGCUAUCUUCGAUGGAAACUCCCGUUGAAAAUGUAUGGAAUGAUACCGAAAGUCAGCUUUUUUCAAAAGAUUGCUUCUUGUCUAAUCAUCAUGCUGCCUGAAAUUUUCUAUGACAAAGUGAGAGAAGGAAGUAUCAUUUUAAAGGAAUCACAGAGCUUCAGCUUCUACAAACAAGGUUUGAUUAUUGAUGGAGAAGUUGAGCCUCUCAAGACAGAUCUUGUCAUCUUUGCCACUGGAUGUAGAGGCAGAUGUCAUCCACGAAUUCCACGACUAGCGAUAAUAGGACACUCGGAGAGCCUCGGCAGUCUAUACACCUUCGAAAUCAGGUGCCAGUGGCUUGCACAUUUUCUUGAUGGAACCUUCAAAUUGCCAAGUAUAAAGGAAAUGGAAAAGGAUAUUACAAUGUGGGAAAAUUACCAAAAACAAUAUGCUGGCAAGUCUUAUCAAAGAUCUUGCAUUGGUGCUCUUCAUAUAUGGUACAAUGAUCAGUUGUGCAAAGACAUUGGAUGCAAUCCCAGAAGAAAGAAGGGCUUCUUUCAAGAUUUGUUUGAACCUUAUGGACCCACAGACUAUGUACAACUCCAGCCUGAAUCAAGAUGUGGAUCUAAAGAAACACAGAAAACAGAAUGA